AUGUGAGAAGCAAAUUGAUUGGAGUGGCAGAAGAGCACUGAACUCAACAUUCCAAAACACCAUAGAAUUUCGUCACAGCAGAAAUCCACCGAGAUUCUCCAGUCGGUCGCUCAAGUAACGCGAUUCUCAACACAUGGACUUUAGGAAUCAGGAAAGAGAAACCAGCUCAGGAUGUGUGUCCAAUAUUGUUUAUUCCCGUCAAAGAAAGAAGAAAAUCGAGACCACAAGAGAGGUGAUAGAAAUUGGCCCUAAAGUCGAUUUUGCGAAUCAGGAAGGAGAAAUUGACUCAAGACAUGGAACCAAGAUUGCUGCUGAUGCUCAUCACAAAAACAAAACCAAGACUGUAAAAGAUGUGACAGGAAGUGUUAGUUCGAUUUUUUCAUUCCCCGUUCCUCGGGGACCGCGAACAAAAAUCAAGAGAAAAUUCAAAGGCAACAAAACUCUUGCUAGAUCCAAGGAAGAGCUAAACAGUGAAGUCUUUGAUAAUUACUUAGCGAAAGUAUGGGAGAGUUUCUCAGAAGAUAGGAAGAGGUCGUUUGCAUACAUGGACGGCUUAUGGUUUAGCCUUUACAGGGGUGCUUCGUACAAAGAUAAGGUGCUGAGUUGGAUUGAUAAAAAAAACAUUUUCACAAAGGCAUAUGUUUUUGUUCCUAUAGUCUUAUGGGGUCAUUGGAACCUUCUGAUCUUCUGCCAUUUUGAUGAGAACUUGCAAUCCGCUACUGGAUCACGUUGUAUGUUGUUGCUGGAUUCUCUUGAAAAGAUCGGUCCAAGGCGGCUUGAACCGGACAUAAGAAAAUUUGUACAAGACAUUUAUAAAGUCGGGAACAGGCCAGAGACCAAGGAUCUUAUAUCUCGAAUUCCACUUUUAGUGCCCAAGGUGCCACAACAAAAAGACGACACUGAUUGUGGGAACUUUGUCCUCUAUUUCAUUAAAUUGUUUUUGGAAUUCGCACCUGAGAAUUUUAGCAUGGAGGGGUACCCUUACUUUAUGAAAAAAGACUGGUUUACCUUCGAAGACCUGGAUAGGUUUUGUGAGAAUUUGGUUCGUUGAACUGGAUAUCCCCAACAUACUUCACUGUUGAUUAUUUUAUUUUACAUACAUGGUAAGGGGGAAUUUGUUCAUAUAGAAGGCAGACAUAUCCAGUUGAUUUGUCCUGAAGAGAGGACAACUAUCAUAAGUAUGUAAUUCAACUUUAUGGGAAUUUCAUUAGAGCGGAUGAAAUUUGAUGUUUACAGUAGUAAUUGCUAGUUGGUUUAUAAUGAUGCAGUUUUUUUUUGUUUUUAACUCGGCUAUAAUGAUGCAGUUGUUGACACUAUUAUGUUGUGUUCA